AUGGCACACGAUGGCCUGUCCACCGCUGGCACGAGUGUCUAUGACAGCAAUACAAUGUAUGUGGGAGAUGGGACAUGGGAUUCCGAAAGAAACACAUUUCUGUUGCCGAACCUUCUUGGCUUGAAUUUCGAUACCAUGCGAUACAAUGGCAUGGGCAAUCGCUUUCGAGGAUUGCCACAGUACCACCGUCUGAUAAUUGGUCAUGGAGUGGUGGCGGCUAUCACAUUCCUCGCCAUCGUGCCGGCUGCCAUAUUCUUUGCGAGAUUUUAUCAUGCAGAAGGCCGCUUCGCAUACAAGGCGCAUGUAUACCUACAGAUCAUCACCGUCUUUCUGGCAACUGUGGUGUUCAUACUGGGAUUCUUCGCCGUCGGACCGGAAAGGAGCUUGUCAAAUCCCCAUCACGGAAUUGGAGUCGCGAUAUAUGUCUCCAUCCUGGUGCAAUUCAUCUAUGGUUGGUGGUGGUCGAGAAGAGAACGUAAGAGGACAAGACCGCAUCCAACGAUACCCCUAAAGACGUGGGAACACGAAUCCGAAAUGGAUGAGAAGUGGGAUGAUCGACCGCCGCAACAAAAUACCUGGAGGGAUCGCAUUAUUGGUGCAGGCGCUGGAAUCGCAGCGUUCCAAGGAGUGAAGAGCCUGUUUGGUGGCAAGAAAAAAAGAAAGGAUGGCUAUGCCGAAUCUGAUGUCAGCUACCAACCCGGCCGGCACAGCAUGGUGAGCCAGACAGACGUGUCGCGGGUUGAGGCAGGUCAAGCACCAUUUUCACCAAACGACCCGAGGAGGAAACCGCGUCCCUUGAGAUCUGACAUGACGCCUGCAACCCCAACACGACCUGGAAGAAGGACGAGUCAAAGCUCAUUAUCUUAUGAUGACGAGUACAGCCAUAUGGGUCCAAGGCCAGUCUCUGGUGAGGGCCCUUCGUUGCGAGACAGCAUCGCCACAAUGGGCGCAAUAGCUGGCUUCCGAGAAUGGAACAAGCGACGAAAAGACCGGAACGAGCGACAACGAUUAGAUCGCAUUCGUCAGCAGGAGCUUGAGAGCGAGGAGCAGUACAAUCGCCGCAACUCUAAUCGAUACCCGCGGCCUCAAGACGCCAGUGGAAGAAGACAAAGCCUGUCUGGCACUAUCUGGACAGGACCAGACCCAGCACUUGGCAGCAAUCCACAGCUGUCGAGGACGAACUUCAGGCCUGACAUCAACCAACCACCUUUGCCGGCCACAGCAGGCGCGAUACCUAUUAGUCCGAGCCCAAAAUCACUCUCGCCGUCGAGAAGAGGUGGUAGACGAGACUCUCGUUCCAGAAUUCCGGGCGCUCGUCGCGGUAGUACCAGUGCUUCGAUCUCGCAGCUUGAUCCCGCUGGGCUUCCACCCGUUGGUGGCGUGCCCGAAAACAGUCAGAGUCCUCCUGUUAGUGUCAAGAUGAAAGUCCAUCCGGGUGGCCGACACGUCACGCUUCGGCGUCUGAAUGAAGAGGAGGCUGCCGCAGAGCGAGCAGCGCGGCGGCGAGAGCGACGAUCGAGAAGAGCUUCAAGCUUGACUGAUAGUGUGGACGAAGCUGUAGCAGGCUCAAGUCGCUACCGCCGCAACAAUGGAGCACAGAUGCGAGACUCGAGCCAACAGCCAAUUGCCGCAGUGCCUCCGCCACCGCCAGCUAUGUCGAGCUCAGUUGGGAGAAGAGAUUCAGAAUUGAAUCUUCCUCCAGGGCGAAUACCUCAGGCUUCUUCGGCAGGUGGCAGUGCUCAAGCUGUACUUCCCGCAGCGGCAGGUCCUGCUGGGAGCGGUGCCGUCGGUAGCCCUGGUACUGUAGGAGGAGGAACCGAAUUGGGUACGGGCACGGAUGUCAGUGCUUUUGCAGACAAUCGCAGAAGGAGAAGAGCAGAGCGAGCAAGGAAGCUAGAAGCUAGUAGGCAGGGGAACAGGGUGGAAUUUGAAUGAUGGCUUUGAUGACUUGAUGAAUGAUGGUGAGGGGAUGCUGUUCGGAUUCUGUUCGGCGUUUUAGCGACGCAUAGCAAGCGACAUUGGGAUGUCUUAUUCUCUGGCUGGUGGGAGCGUAGCGUAGCUCCAUGGCGAAUUUUUCGCGGAAGCAGUGCUCUGCAAUUGAGACUUCUCGAGAACGAGCAGAUUUGGUGCCAUGAAUGAAGGCAUUUUCACC